AUGCUAGAUUUAACCCCUUUUCAUCACCUCUUCAUGACCUUGUUUCUCUUGGGCAUUUUCUCCACCAACCAUGCCUGCAACCAAAUAGACCGCGACUCUCUCUCGUCCUUAGCCUUCAACCGUAUGCCUUCUCCUCCUCUAAAUUGGUCUUCCAUUGAUUGUUGCAAGUGGGAAGGCAUUUCUUGUGAUCUUAAACGUCAAGUCACCCAUAUUUGGUUACCUUUUAAAGGCCUUAGUGGGAUCAUAUCUCCCUCUCUUGGAAACCUCACCCAUCUCUCUCACCUCAAUCUCUCCCACAAUUUACUUUCAGGUCCUCUCCCUAAGGGAUUGUUUUCAUCCUUGAAUCAACUCAAGGUCAUUGAUUUGAGCUACAACCGUCUAUUUGGAGAUAUAUAUGGCUGGCCUGCCUCCCUUCAAAUUGUUGACAUAUCUAGCAAUCAAUUUAGUGAGACAAUCCAAUCUUCAUUCCUUCAAAGAGCAUGGAGGUUGAUCGAGCUCAAUGUCAGCAACAAUAAUUUCAUGGGCCCUAUUCCUUCCUUUCCUUGCAUCAACUCUUCAUUGGUCAAGCUCCUUGAUUUCUCCCAUAAUCAUCAUAGUGGCCAUAUUCCUAGUGGACUAGGGGCAUGUUCCAAACUCAAGGUUUUUCGGGCAGGUUUUAACUCUCUCUCAGGAUUGCUUCCUAAUGAUAUAUACAAUGCGACUGAGUUAGAAGAGAUUUACUUACCUUUCAAUAAUUUUUCAGGACCCAUUAGUGGUGAUAUUGUGAAACUUGCCAAACUCACCAACCUUGAGUUAUAUGGCAAUAAAUUGAGUGGAAACCUCCCUUUAGAUAUCGGGAAGCUCUCCAAAUUGAAGCACCUACUCCUUGAUACGAACUCCUUAACAGGUUCUUUGCCCCCAUCUUUGGCGAAUUGCACAAACCUCAAAAAACUAAUUCUACGGUCCAAUUUUUUCACAGGAGAUAUAUCUACCUUUAAUUUCUCCAGUCUUCAUCAACUUACAAUAAUUGACCUAGGGAUUAAUUACUUCUCUGGUAAUUUACCAAUAAGCCUUUACUCAUGCAAGUCCUUGAUCGCAAUUCGAUUAUCUGAUAAUCAACUAGAGGGACAAAUCCAACCUGAUGUGCUUCAAUUGAAAUUCUUAUCUUUCCUUUCACUUACUAGCAAUAGGUUAACCAAUAUCACAGGCACAAUCAAAAUUUUGAUGCAUUGCAAGGCACUCAGUGUCGUCCUCCUUAGUAGGAAUUUUCUACACGAGGCAAUGCCAGGUGAUGACAUUAUAGUUACUUCUGAUGGAUUUGAAAAUCUUCGAUAUUUGGGUCUUGAUAUGUGCCAACUGACUGGUCAACUGCCUAUAUGGCUAUCUAAGCUUAAGAAGCUAGAAUUUCUAACUUUAUCUUCCAAUCGUAUCAAUGGUUCAAUUCCUGGUUGGUUGAUGACUCUUCCAAAACUCUUCGGUUUAUACUUAAAUGAUAACCUUUUUUCAGGUGAAUUACCAAAUGAACUUUGUGCAUUAACGGCAUUAGUGUCACCAAAGGCUCUAGUAGACAACAAUCAAUUCGAGUUACCAAUAUUUACGACCAAAGGUAUUUCUAACCAGCACAAUUUUUUCUCAAGCCUGCGACCAUUACUUUGUGUUGCAAACAAUAAUCUUAGCGGCAACAUCCCAAUUGAGAUCGGCUGUUUGAAGCGGCUUUCUUGGCUGGAUUUAAGUCAUAACAAUUUCACAGGUAGCAUCCCAGUCCAAAUUUCAGAGCUCACAAACUUGGAAAUAUUAGACCUCUCAGCAAAUCGAUUGUUCGGUGAAGUACCAACAUCAUUAAGCUCUCUACAUUUCUUGAAUGCCUUUAGUGUUGCAAACAACAAUUUGCAUGGACCAAUACCAUCAGGCACUCAACUCCAGAGCUUUGAUGCCUCUGCAUAUGAGGGUAACCUUGGACUUUGUGGCCCCCCUCUUCCACAUGAGUGCGCCCAUAUUGUUAGCAACGAGGGAGAUAUUCGGGAUGAGGACGAUGGGCCUAGAAUCCCAUGGUUUCCAAUUACUGUGGUUCUUGGCUUUAUUACAGGUUUUUGGGGAGUUUGUGGCUCAUUAGUUCUUAGCUAUAAGUGGAGAGUUGCAUAUUUUGAAUUCAUGGACGACCUAAAAGAUAGGUGUAUAAUCUUUUUCUUUAAAAUUGCAUAUUGGUCGCUGUAGAGUCUGUUAUCAAUUGGUCGUUAUAGAGUCUGUCAUCAAUUUGGUUUCCUGAGUUUCAAUUUGUAUAAAUUAAGGUUUUGUUUGUUUUCAUAUUUCCAAUUUGCGUUCAAUAUGA